AUGAGCACGACCGAGGCGUCGCUCUCGAUGAGCGACUGGGUCGUUCGGGGCUUCGGGAUCACGGCACUCGUGGCGCUCUCGGCGGUCUUUUCGGGCCUCACGCUCGGGCUCAUGUCGCUCGACAAGAUUGGGCUCGAAGUCGUCAUUGGCGCGGGCGAAGACGAGGGUGCGACGCCAACAGAGAAGCGCCAUGCCGCCGCCGCGCGCAAGAUUGCACCGAUCCGAAAGAACGGCAACCUUCUUCUCACGACCCUUCUGCUUGGCAACGUGGCCGUCAACUCGCUGCUCUCGAUCCUUCUCGCCGACCUCACGAGCGGUCUUCUUGGCUUUCUUGUGUCGACAGCGCUCAUCGUCCUCGUUGGCGAAGUCAUUCCGCAAGCUGCGUGCUCCCGCCACGCGCUCGCCAUCGGUGCCAAGUCGGUGCCGUUCGUUAAACUGAUCAUUGCGCUCUUCUACGUUCUGGCCAAGCCCGUGAGCGCCGUCUUGGACGCGCUUCUCGGUCAAGAAGUCGGCACGCUCUUCACCAAGCGAGAGCUCUGGAAGAUGCUCGACAUUCACGUCAAGCGCGACUUGAUUGACGACGAUGAAAGCUGGAUCAUGUACGGCGCGCUGCACUACAAGAGCCAACCCGUGAGCGCGAUCUUGACGCGCAUUAAUGAUGUGUACAUGCUGCCAUCGACAGCGCUCCUCGACCGAAGUACGCUGCGGGACAUUUACGCCAAGGGGUUUAGCCGCGUGCCAGUCUACGGCCGCUCGCGCAACGACGUGCUUGGGCUGCUGUUCAUCAAGGACCUCGUGUUUGUCGACCCGAAUGAGCCGAUUUCGGCGCUGCACUUUGUUCAUAUUUUCGGCCGUGGUAUUCACCGCGUCUGGCCCGAUACGAACCUCGGGGACCUUCUCAAGGCCUUCAAGAUGGGCCAUUCGCGCCUCGCCUUGGUGCAAGAUGUCAACAAUGCGGGCGACGGCGACCCGUUCCUGGAAGCUGUCGGCGUCGUCUCGCUGGAAGACGUGAUUGAGGAGAUUUUGCAAGAUACGUUUCGCAGCGAAGGCGAUGUCAGCGACGGGCGCAACAAGACCAUGGCGUGCCGCGACGUCGAUCCUUCCGCGAUCCGUCGACUGCGCGUCGGCUCAUCCGACGACGUUCUCGAUGACGACGACGACGAUGACAUGUACUUGACGGUGGAGGAAGCCAAGGACUUGGCAACCCACCUCGUGGCCAACCAACCAGUCUUUCAGCUGCGGAAAUCUGGCGGCGACGCACUGACCAUGGACGAUGUGAGCAGUCUCUUGAUGAAGUGCCGCCUCGUCGAAUAUGGCCGCGAGACGGCCCUCGGUGUCCGCAUGUACUCGCCGUCGCAGGUCGCAAAUCACUGCGUUGUUGUGAUGGAGGGUUGCGUCAAGGUCACAACCGGACGCCACGGGCUGGCGAUUGAAAUGGACGUCUGGUCGGUCCUCGGUGCCGAGAGCCUUGUCGUGCCGGCCAACACACACGUCCCGGACUUUACCGCGGUCGUGCCUAGUCGGUGUGGGAAGAUUCUCUGCUUGCAGAUCACCCACGUCGACUUUCAGCACAUGCUGCACCCGAAUGUGAGCUUGCACCCGCGUCUUGUCAAGGCCACGUCGACCCCCCGCGUGCGGUCGAAGCGCUUUGCGUCGCCCAAGCACACGGCUCAAAUCCAUCCGGUGACUGCCCCAGCGCCCAUUCCUAGCGACGAAGUCAAAGUGAGUCUUCUUCAGGCCGACAGCAUGGACGAGAUGCAAAUCGCGUUCGAGUGA